AUGAGCAAGACGACUACCCGGGCUUUGGCCAGGGAAAAUGUUCUUUCGAGACGUGAGAUUGAAGGCAUGAUUGCCGACAACAAAUCGAUCAUCAUCAUUGACGGUAAAGUGCUUAGACUGGAUUGCUGGAUCAAAUUCCACCCCGGCGGCGCCUUGGCUAUCAAGCACAUGAUAGGCAAAGAUGCCACAGACGAAGUGAACGCACUACAUUCACAGGAAGCACGUCAGCGCAUGAACAAAUUCCAGAUCGGAUCAAUCGAGGGAAGAUGGACCAACUUUCUUCCUCCUAUCCAAGGUGGCCACUUCCGCCACUAUAACGGAGAUGAGGUAGAAGAGGAGGACAUUUCGACUUCAGACCUAUCAAAUGACGACGAGGAGCUUUCACCCCCGCCAUCGCCAAUUUUUGAAGCAGAAGACGUUGGGUUAAGACGCCGACGAUCGAUAUCGACCAUAUCCUCAGCGGUCAGCAUCAUUCCUCCGCCACCAGCAGAAACCAAAGGAGGGUAUGUGAUGGAUGCGCGGACCCAGGACGAGAUUCAGUUGGAUUCAUCCAAGUACCCUCCUCUCACUGCCGAACACCAAGAAAACAUCACCCAAAAAUACCGUCAGCUCAACGAGCGCAUCCGUGCAGCCGGACUUUACAAUUGCAACUACUCUGCCUACGCCAUCGAAAUAUGUCGAUACAGCCUCCUGUUCGGUCUCUUCGUUUUCUUUUUGAAACGGUCUUGGUUCUGCCUGUCCGGCUUCUUCCUGGGAUGCUUUUGGCAUCAACUAGUCUUCUCGGCCCAUGAUGCCGGCCACAUGGGUAUCACUCACAACUUCCAAGUCGAUACUGUCAUCGGGAUGAUCAUUGCGGACUACCUAGGUGGACUUAGUCUAGGGUGGUGGAAGCGAAGCCAUAAUGUCCACCAUAUCGUGACGAAUGCCCCAGAACACGAUCCCGACAUUGAAUUGAUGCCCUUCUUCGCUCUAUCACACCGCUUUUUUGGUAGCCUGCGCAGCACCUACUACGAUCGGAUCAUGGAAUACGAUGCGGUGGCUCAGCUUACCGUCAAGUAUCAACACUAUCUAUAUUACCCAAUUCUCCUCUUCGGCCGCUUCAACCUCUACUUCUUGAGCUGGGAACAUAUCUAUGUCGGCCGUGGCCCUCGGCACGGUGCUGGCUGGUGGCACCGUUGGUUUGAGCUGGCUGGUCAGAUUUUCUUCUGGACCUGGUUUGGCUAUGGGGUUGUCUAUCUCAGCAUUCCGGACUGGUGGAGUCGGAUCGCCUUCGUCCUGAUUUCUCACAUUGUUACUGCACCGCUGCAUGUGCAGAUUACUCUUUCUCACUACGCAAUGUCCACUGCCGAUCUCGGUCCUCUCGAGUCCUUUCCGCAAAAGAUGCUCCGGACAACCAUGGACGUGGACUGUCCAUCCUGGUUGGACUUCUUCCACGGCGGACUCCAAUUCCAGGCCAUUCAUCAUUUAUAUCCCCGCAUUCCUCGCCAUAACCUGCGCAAGACGCAGCAAUUUGUGAAGGAGUUCUGUGAGGAUGUGAAGAUUCCGUACGCUGUCUUUACCUUUUACGAUGGUAACAAGGAAGUUAUCGGUCGACUCGGACAUGUCGCCAAGCAGGCAAGGAUCUUGGAAGAGUGCCGAAAGGCGUGUGCAGAGCAAGGUGUCUUUGCUGACCACCACCAUUCACACUGA